UAUUAAUUUUUAAUCAUUUUUUUUGCAUUUGAAUUAAAAUAUAUUUGAAUAUUCGCAAAAAAUAAAAUGCUUGACUCGAUAAAGUAGUUCGUCUUCAAAUUCUCAAGCAGGUGUCGCUAAAACGCUUUAUUUUUUCGCUAAUUUAUAGAAGAGUAUCAUAACCUCACAUAACCUUGCUUACUUCUUAUAUAUAAUUGACAUUUUUACAAGUAAAAGCAUUUAUACGAACGAUAUAUGUAUUUUGUGCCAUACUAAGAAAUGAAGAAAUAUUUAAUUUAUUUUAUAAACUUUUAAAAGUGAUUGUAGAAGUAAGAAAUAGAUUGUGCAAGAUGGAUCUACAUAAUCGUUAUUUGCAUUCCCCGUCACUAAACAUUUCGGUUUUACAACCUGACGAUAAAUGCAAGAAUGGUAUAUUCGUUGAACUUCAUCAUUUAAUACAACUUCACAAUCGUGAGAUGAUUGAAGAAAAAUUGGAUAUAAAUAAACUCGAAAUUUGUCGAAUGCUGUUGUGUUACGAAUAUCAACUCAUAUUUAAGGACAUUGAAAAUCAGGAUGAUGAGAAAGAUAUGAUAAAUAAAAAAUAUGUAAUACCUGCUGAUGCUGAGCAAACUCGUUUUUCUAGUAUUGGUGCAAUUUUUCCACCAGAACAUUUACGAAGUACCUUGGAAAUUUUAGUCUUACACGAUAUAAUCAUUCUACAAAUGGUACUUUACUAUGAUAUCAAGUCAAUUAAAAAACAUCUACAAAGUUUUCUUAACUCAAGCAAUACCUAUAUCGCAAAAAGCAACACCAGAGUUAUGUACAUGAAGAUAUUGGAGUACGUUUUAGAAUCCUUACAUUUGCAUCAAUUUCUUCAUAAUUUUUCAAGUGACAGCGAAGAAGAUUUAAAAGAACUUGGUUCUAUAUAUUUGGAGAUUGUAAAGUCAUGGAUGAAGGUAAAGGAAGAUCAUGAAUGGAAAGUAUUUGCUUCAAUGCUUUUUGUAUUAACAAAAACUUUCACCCCUGAAAGUAUUCUGUUUCCAUUGUGGGAUUAUAUCAUGAAUGAAAUAAAUGAUUUAAAAGAACGUCUUACCGUCCUAAGUCUUGUGGUGGACGCAUGUUUUGCAUCAUCGGAUUCAAUGGAUUCAACUUAUAUACAUCGUGAUAUUUACACAAGCAACACAUUCUGGUCAUUAAUAUUAACAGGAUUACAAUCACCUGUUCAACAAUGCCGCAAACAAGCUUUAUAUAUAAUGAAAAGGGCAGUCAAUUCUGUAAGUAAGGUUUGUGUACAGAACUUUGCUCAUUUGAAAUUAACAAAGGCUCAAAUUACUCCAUUUAUUUGCAGCGAAUCUCAUGCUACAGCUUUGCAUCCAAUCGAUAAUAUCAAGCAAAAAUUCUUUUUGAUCUAUGAAGCAUUGGAAGAGUCACAAUAUCAUUUGGUAGCGCCAGCUUUAACGUAUGUCGCUAGCUUAGUGCAAGCGUACAAAGAGCGUAAAUCUUGCAAAGAGUGUUUUGACAUCGUAUGGUUGCAGUGCAUUCUUGAGAAAGUUCUACAGCACAAGAAUAAUAAUAUUGUAAAGUGGGGUGUACUGUACACUUGUAAGCUGAAUGAGAGCAGUGUAUUUAACGAUCAGUUUCUCGACUUAUUCGUGAAUGUCCUUAAUAAUGCUUUUCUUUAUGAAUUUCACCCAGACGAGGAAUGCCCAGAAAUUGUGAAAGAACUCUCGACAUUCUUCACGUGUACGGAGGAAAGAAAUUUGCUGAACAGAUUCCUGAAAAAAGUUAGUGAAGUAACGUGGAGCCCUAUAGCAAUAUUUUACAUAAUACAUACGCUGCAAACACUGCAACUUGAGACGAUAAAGUACAAUAACUGGCGAGCCGCCGAAUUGAAAGCCAUUAAGACUUUAGUGGAAACAAAUUUGAAUAUGCAUUCUCACAUUUUACGCAUUGCAUCUCAAACUGAACUUUUAAAAGCAAUCUCCAAUUACGUACUGCAGAUAGAUGAUUUAAUAUUGUUUGCUAAUACUUUAGCCAGCUUUCCUGCCGGGGAAGGCCUUGUAAGAGGAACGGUCCCUUGGAUCGCUAUUACAACACGUUUGCAAAAAGCAUUGCUACCCAAAGAUGCGAAGACCUUUGUGGAAAAUACUUGCGAAACAUAUUUGAGGACAUGUAAUAUUGAGAAUGUCGGUUCUAAGUUCAAUCCUAGGACAUUUGCACUGAUGGUGUAUUUAUUACACGACGCGAAUCUCAUACUUUCCGACAGAACAUGCCCCACCAAGAAAUCAUUAAAUAACUGGCUGUCCAUUUUAAAUGGUGUCAAUUUAAGACCCUACGUUGAUCUGCGUUCAACUAUGGAUGCAAUAGAAUUUAUAUCGCAUUUAUUAAAUUUUUCCGUGACCGGAUCGUCUGGUAUCACGAUGAAAGACUUGAUACUGUUAUACUUACACACCACUUUUAACAUUUUAAUUCAGAAUAUGAGAAAAAUAUCCAAAAAGAUGACUUAUGAAGAUUACACGAGAUACGUAAGCAUUGUAUCUUUGCAUAUUGUUAAUGCAGGUUUGCUCAUGCCAGAAAGAGAUGUAAACAAUUACGCUGAAAAAUUGCAACGUGAAAGUAUACUUCUAUUGAAGGAUACGAUAGAACAAACAAACAGCUCGAAUGAUUUGCAAUGCUUGUACGCAUUACAUAUUUUGCAUUUAUCCCAGAAUAUAAUGGUUUCGCUGUUUGCAAGAACCUUUUAUGAGGAAUAUUUGUUAAAUACUGAUAAUUAUCCGACUUUUUUAAUGAAUAGCGGUGUGACAAAUUUGAAAGGAAAAAUUGCAUCAGCAUAUUAUCAACUUCUCGCGAAACUUCUGCAUCAAUAUCUCACGAUAAAUCCCAAGUAUUCGCUGAUUCCGUUUACUGAUACUAUUUCCAAAUUGCUAUCCAAGCUACUGAGCUUUUUGGAAUUCGGUGGACCAGAAAUUGCAUCUGAAAUAGCAUUAAUAUUGACUGUAAUAAUUGACAACGCAGUUGUAAAUAAUGCAAGUGAUAAAGUAACUUUAAAAGAUAUUUUUCAAUUGUGCUGGAAGCAUGCCUUUGCUGGCAAAAGGAACAAUACAUUCUGGACAACAAUACAGAAUCUUACAGGAGUUAUUGUUAAUGAUAUGUUUUUGCUCUUUCCUAAAGCCACGAAAUUUGCAAUGCAAUUCAUUGAACAAUUAUUAGAAGAAGGAGAGAAUACGCCAAAAUUUCACAGAAUAUUACUUUCUAAAAUGGCAGAAUUAAGGGAGGACAAUUUGAUACAAUUAAGCAAUGUGUUAUUCACUUGUAUUUCUCAGGGGUUUCUUCGGCGUGAUAAAAGGGUCGAGUAUCAUACUCAUUUGUUUAUUGCCAAGCACUUGGGACAGAUUUAUUAUCCAAAACGCAUGUUGGAGUUGGAUUGUAGCAAUGAUGCUGAAGUUAGAGCGCAGGCGAUUAUACUGUUAUAUAAAUUAAUUAUCAAGGAUUCCAGGAUUCAAAAUCCAGGACUUGAUUUUGCAGAAAUAUCUGUGUCGUUUAUACUUGAGAUAUUGAACAAAUACAGAAAUAAAAGAUACUUUAACGACUCCUUUAUACAUAAAUUAAAGCAGAGAGUUAUGCAAAUUUUACUGAUACUAGAGCCAAUUUUGAAUGAGGAACACAUUGUUCUACUACAAGAAAACAUCUUUGACUUAAUUUUUUCGGAAGAUAAUCAACACAGUGUGCGAUUGAUGCAGGAAUGGUUCUUGAUCCUAAUCUUUAGGAAAAAUACUCAUUUACAUAAUAAACUAUGGAAGUAUUUUGCAGAGAGUAUGGAAAAACGACCAGGAUGCACAAUUUCCAUAGCGAGCAUCAUCUAUCAUGUUGCGCGACUUCUUUCGAAUGACAGUCAGAAAAGUUUUAUUCAAACAGCCUUGCCACACAUAGUGCAAUGUUGCUUGGGCCAACAAUUCAACAUGCGUCUUUAUAAUCAGUUUAUUUUAGUUCAAUUAUGUGACUUGAUGAAGAAGGUACAUGGUGAUGACAGUAUAUCAGAGUACAAAGGUAUAUAUCAGGCAGCUAUGGUUAAUUUGCAACAAGGAUUUUUAACAAAGAACUCAGUUAAAAUACAGGAUGAUUUUUACUUCUCCCAUUUUCAUCCGAUCAACGAUUACAGCUUACAGUCAAUUUAUUUUGAAUUUCCACGGUUGACUAAUAUGAGUCGUGAUGAAUGGAUUAGUCCGGAUGUGUUUAAAAAUCUGAAGUUUAAACAAAGCGAUAAUCAUUCUCUACAGCUUUACAAUAUCGACUCAUUUCUAUCUGAGGCUAAAUUUUCUAUAUAUUCUACGAAAUCUUUGGCAGGUGAUACAGAAUCAGUGGCAAAUAAUGUUGAAACCGAUUUCGAAGGUUUGCAUGAUAUUCAAAAAAAGAUUGUUCCAUCAAAGCCUACUGCUACAUUAUAUAAUAAUUUCGAUGAAUCGCUGCAAAAAUUAUAUCAGCAAGAUUUGCAUCAAUGUGGCAUGCAUGAAGGUUUGAUAGUUGUAGCAUCUUUCAUUACGCGACUGCCAAAUUUAGGUGGAAUUGCUAGAACAUGUGAGAUAUUUGGAGUAAAAACACUAGUUCUCGCAAAUUUGGCUUGUGUAAAAGACAAGGAAUUUCAGUGCCUCAGCGUAUCUGCUGAGAAAUGGAUAAAUGUGAUACAGGUAAAACCACAAGAGUUACAGGAAUACUUGAUGCAAAAAAAGGACGAAGGGUGGUCUUUAAUUGGCAUUGAACAAACAGCUAAUAGUACAAAUCUACUGGAAACAAAAUUUAACAGAAAAACAAUUCUCAUCUUAGGGAAUGAAAAGGAUGGUAUACCUGCCAAUUUUAUACCUCUUUUUGACAUGUGUGUGGAAAUACCUCAAGCAGGAAUAACACGGUCAUUGAAUGUUCAUGUUACUGCUGCGAUUUGUAUAUGGCAAUAUGUGAACCAAUAUAUGUUAAAAUAAUUGUUUUUUCAACUUUAUACAAAUAACAACAUAUAAUGUAAAUAAAUUUUCAAUAAA